UGAGUUCUAUUGUGCGGCGCAAUCUAAAUUUUAACACGAAGAUCAGAGGUAGCAAGGACUGUUGUCUGUGGUUAGCAAAUACCCUUGCCGGUGGCGCAUGGCGAUUGUAAAUACUGCCAGCAAAAAGCCUAUGUUUAAGUUUAAUUUUAAGUAGCAAACAUGCACGAGGAUGAUUUGAAAAAUCAAUUGACGAUUGCGCGGAACGAAAUUAAUAAUUUGAGACAGCAAGUGCGCAACUUGCAGCAUGUGCAGCGCAAGGACAUCGAAACAAUAACCCGUCUGCUGCAGGAUUUUCGCUGCGAAGGGUGCAGCAGCUUACAACAACAUCCAGCCAGUGGCAAGGGCAAGGUCAGUGUCGAGGAGGACAUAGCGCAGGUGCGUUCUCAUCGACUUGCAAAUGUAACAGCAUAAUGACCUUUAAGCACGCUUUAGAGCACCAGCAGAAAUGACAUUGCUAACGGAGGCGACGAUGAUUUGGCAAACUUUCGACCCAUAGGCGUCAUACGUAGUGCCUUUCCGGAGAAGCGGGCAGUGCCUCGUCAAUCGAGCGUGGGUGGUCGUCUGCGAAGCAUCAUACAUCUGAACGAUGGCGUCUUUACGAAUCCAGAACACUCGUUGGACGGCCUGUCUGAGUUUUCCCACUUGUGGAUCAUCUACCAUUUCCAUCGCAACAAUGCACACCCAAAGGCCAAAGUAGCUCCACCACGACUGGGGGGCGAACGUGUCGGUGUUUUCUCUACACGCUCACCGCAUCGCCCGUGCCCCAUUGGCCUAUCGCUGGUCGAGAUUGAGAAAAUUGAAGGUUCUACGAUCAGCUUUUAUGGCACUGAUAUGGUAGAUGGCACACCUGUGCUGGACAUAAAACCAUAUAUACCAUUAUAUGAUGCGCCCGCACUGAGCGUGGAAUCAGGUCACACAGCUGUUGGGCCAAAUGACAACAGUGGUGCCGAUUUCUAUGGAUCACGCCAAGAGCCCGAUGGCGAGGAGUCCGAUUUAGAGUUAUAUGGUGCUGCAGGCGGCCACACAGCUAUCAGCAUGAAUAAUGGCGAUUUGAGUGGACAUGGGAUCUUGGCCCCACCGUUGCCGUCGGCUGUACGGGUUCCCAAUUGGGUUGUGUCUUCGCAUCGUCUAAUGGUGUGCUUCAAUGAGCAUGCAGAAAUGCAACUGCAGGAGCUGCAAGUGGAAAAGCAAUGCAUCGUUGACAUCUUGGAGACGGAUCCGCGCUCCGUUUAUUUGCGCACAAAAUACGGCUCUCAGAUAUUUACUUUUCAAUUGAGCGAAGUCACAGUAACGUGUAAGUUCGAUGACAAGGCAGCCACAGUGACUGUGGUGCAGGUGCGGCGCAAUGAGAACGUGCAGGUGGCGACGUUGGACGAACCACGCGGCGCUUAGUUGGAUCAGUUCUGUCUAGGCUUUGCAAAAUACAUUCUGUAAUCAAAAAGCUUUGUAGUGGCAUUUCUUGUGUUUUACUUAUGUAUGUAUGCAGUGAACGUUUAAUAGCUUUAAGCUUUGAAAACAUUUUCAACUUAUUCAUAACAAUUAUCAAUCAUGAAAUAUACAAAAAAUUAAGUGCAGGAAAA